AUGCAAAACCCAAAUGAUUGGGGCGAUGUAAACGGUAAUUCAAAGCAACAAACACAAAUUGACGAAGUAAUCGACGUUUUUAAGAACCUUGUCGCAACAGCCAACUCUGGAGCGAUCCUUGCCUCGACUUGGCAAACCACACCAGCAAUUAGUGAAAACCAAAGUAUGGAUUCUCGAAGAAACAAAAGUUUUAAUCGAAAUCAAGGUUCUAUCGACAAAAGAGGCCCAGCUGACGGCUAUAAGAACAAAGGUGGUGAAGACAAUUCAAGAGCACAUUGGAGAGACGCUAGCAGUUCUACCAGCAACCAAGAUGGUAAUGCCUGGAACAAAAAGAAAGAAGAAGCUUCGUGGAACAGUAACUGGAAUAAUACAGAUUAUUCCACGAAUAAUACUAGAUAUCCAAAUUCUUAUACAGAUAAUGGAGAUGGAUAUCCUGAUUUAAAUAACGGUACAAAUGCAGACGGGUCGAAUAAUAAAGACGCGAACAUUAAUUCACAUCAGAAUACAUGGGACAAUAAACAGGGUUAUGAUGAUCAAUUUGAAACGGAUCAGAAUUCUGAAGAAAUCAAUCAAGAUACGAUAAAAUUGAGGUUAAAUGCGUGGCAUAACCUUGGAACAAAUAUUAAAGAUCGAGAUGAUGGUUUAGGUACGGGUCAGUUACAUCGUCAAGGUAGAAAUUUUAUUCCUGUGGAUGAAGCAGUAGUCCUUGCUAUACAACAAAAAGGUAAAUCAUACAAGAAGCCUAGAAGUCGCUCGGAAAAGUUUACACCUCCAAAAACAAAAAACCUCCCGACAAAGCGGGAAGAAAAACCUCAUAUAAUGCAACCUCCGAAAUCAUCUGCGCAAUCAUUUCAACCCAAUAAUCCCUACAUUCCAAAGACGAAUGUAUCACAAAAAACACCUGUCACUCAGAAAACGGUCGAAACAAUGACCCCAGCUAAGUCGCCAAAAACUUCACAAACACCACCUUCUUCGAAACUUCAAAGUUCAUGGGAAAAACCGCAAUUAGUUAAUACUCCUUUUUGGGACAUACCUAUAAAAUCAACUCCACAAUCUGUUCAGAAUCCGUCACCUCCUAGAAAUCCUUCAACAAAUGAGGUGAUUACUAAUCAAUAUCAGCAGGAUUUCGGAUUACCAUAUAUCCCUCCAGAAUUUGACUCAACUCCAUACCGAAACAAAUUAUCACCUUUACCUACGAAUGGGAAUAAUGAACCGGAACAGGAUUAUCGGGAAAAUACCAUUGAUGAGGGAAAUUAUGAACCAGAUAAUGAUUUUGACAAUCAUCAAAAUGUAUAUUAUGAAGAAGAUAGUGAUGUUGUUCAAGUGGAUGAAUUCGAUCAGUAUGAUCGAUAUCAAGAAAUAAAUAAGACGAAAGCACUUUCGCCUAUGUCAAGACAUGUUGAUCGAGGUAAUUUACUUCUCACCAUCAAUGUUGAGCUUUCAGAAAACAGAACAGUGCCCAUUGAAGUUCAUGAUAAUGACGAUCCGUCGGAUUUGGCAAGAGAAUUUUGUAAUCUGUGGAAGGUUACAAAUCCUGUUGUAGAACCUGCGUUGAUAUGUUUAAUUAAGGAAGAAAAAGAAAAGCGACUUGGUUGUUAUAAUUAA